AUGACUGAAGUGAAGAGCCAGCUUCCACUGGAGCCCAUCUCAACAAUUGGGAUAGUUGCAUCUCCCAACAGAGCCCCUGACGGAUACUCCGUUGUUGCACAAACAACAGAUGGCUCUGACGCCGACCUGUGGAAGGACGGUUUAUUCAAAUCCAAGGUCACUCGCUACCUCUGCUUCACCAGAAAUCCUGGGCUUGACGUGGUUGUGGAAAUCAAGCUGACUGACAUUAAGGACGCCUUGCCGGAGGGUUUCACGCCUUUACAAGAAACAUUGGACAGUAAGGAAGCUGCCAUGAGGAAGAGGAGGCUGUGUGUAAAACUGAGCCCUCGCACCACCACUCCGACAGCUCUGUGUGACAUCCAGAUCGUGGCCAAGUCAAAGUACCAUCUUGUUAACUACACCUGCGUCGGGGAGAUCAAUAACAUGUUUGUCUGGUGCCGCUUUGGAGAUGUCUGUCCAGAAAAACUUCAAACAGCAAACAAAUCUCACAGUUUAUCUCAAACAGCCAGGAAAAGCACAGGCAGACCAGACUGUGAGCGGCAAAGCAGUGGAAGUUACACCAAGACUGCUCUGGAUGACGUGCCUUUUGUCGUCUCGGAGAAGUUUCAUGACACCAAGACAGAGAUGCAGCAAGUCAAUUUAAUGGGCAUUACGAUCAAAUCCCUGGCAGAGAUCGAGGAGGAAUUUCAGUACAACUUUACCACCGAAAGAAGUGUUGUCUGUUGA